GAGCUGCCGUUUUCUUGUAAAUCUUAUAAAAACCAAUUCACCAAUCCGCGUUGGUAUGACUUAGACAACCGUCCACGGAUAACUAGUAAUAUCAUGUUAACGUUAGGCCGCAAUACGACAUGUAAUGCACUGUGCUCCGUAAAUUUAAACAAGAAGGAAUUAAAUUUUGCAAAAGCAUUAGUCCAAAUGGAUUAUCAAAUGGAAUGGAUAAUGCCCGCCACAUCAGCGAGUAAAAGUCCUGCUGCUUUCUUUGAUCUUGGUUACUAUGAUACAGAUAGUCAAACAGCGCGUCUUUACAAUCAUUUUGAUAUACGCUUGUCGUAUACAAGCAGUACAAAAUCCCCGAAAAACAAAUACAUUGUUGGAUUCCAAGUACAGCCAUUAAUCAAAUACGAAGGGGAAAGAGAAUUUAAAUGCAACAAUACAUUAUACUUAUUCCGUUACUUGGGAAGAGUCAUUGGUCUUAUGUUAAUACGCCUGAUGCGUCGAGAUACCAAUAUUCGUAAUCGAAUCAAUAAUGAGGAGUUAUCAAACGAUCACGAAGGAUGGAAAUACAUGUACGGCGAUAUGUUUCAACCACCUAGUCCAUCCAUGUGGUUGGGGCCUCUAUUAGGAUCGGGGAUCCAACUCAUCAAUAUGACCUUUUUUUCCUUGUUUUUAGUACCUUUGUUAGGCUUUCUUGAUCCAGCUUACCAAGAGGGUCUAGUUUCGUAUGGGAUAUCUCUCUGUUUUCUAUCGGGUCUGUUUUCUGGGUAUAUCAGUACACUAACCCACAAUUUAUUGGGCGUAAAAACAAGGUGGAUAACUAAUGCCUUUGUGACUCUUUUCUUUGUACCAACCAUAAUCUUUUUAAUGAUUUUCGUUAUCAACAUGGCUGCUUUGUAUGAAAGCUCUUUGUUUGCCAUAUCAAGAUCUUCCUUAAUCUACAUGAUUAUGUUAUGGUUUUUGAUAUCGACACCACUUGUAUUUUUAGGCGCUUAUGUAUGCGAAAAAAAUUACCGGCAGCAUAAAAUUAGCCAUGAUUCCUCAGUUCUGAUAAGCCAAAUUCCUAAACAGAGAACGGGCCAUCUCUGGUAUUUUCAACCCAUGUUCAGGGAUCCCUUUUUUUGCCUUCAGGAUUAUAAGUGGUGGUGGAAAUCAUUCUAUAUAUCAUUUGUAUCGUCGGUUUGUGUGUUCAUUGGCCUUGUGAUUACAGUACCCACAGUGAUAUAUCUAGGAUAUUCGUUUAUAACAUGUGCCAUUUACGGCCUUUGCAUGGGAACUAUCGGGUUUUUUUCAUCAUAUUGUUAUGUUCGCAAUAUAUAUGCAUCAAUCAAAGUGGGUUUCGAAAAAUUAUCUUUCUCAGCUAAUAUAGAGAUUGUGUUAGCCGCAUACCAGGUUUACACCAAUUGGCAUAAAUGCUAUGUAUCUAGCAUUGAUUAG